AUGCAAAUAACACAAUCCCAACCCCAGGUAUGUCAUACUAAUCUAUUAACUUUCGAAUAUUAUCAUCAAUUAGCAUGCCCGCAACGAUGUGAAUUACCUCCCUUAACUUGUCCGUCAACUCAGAGUGAAGAUUGUCUAUUUAUUGAUCUAUUUACUCCUAGGAUUGAUACUAUCAGGGAUCAACUUGUUCCUGUUUAUGUUUUUUUACCUGGUGGUCAUUUUGAGCAAGGUGGACCUGAUGUUAUACUCUAUGAUGGAACUUACAUUGCAAACAAGACAAAUAUCAUUAUAAUUGUUGGUUCUUAUCGUUUGGGAGCUUUGGGAUGGUUGGUCAACUCAAAAGCAGGAAUGGAAGGCAAUUAUGGAUUUACUGAUCAAUUGCAAUUAUUACAAUGGAUUCAAAAUAAUAUUGCUGCAUUUGGAGGUGAUCCUAAACAAGUAACCAUUGGAGGUCAAUCAGCUGGAGCUAGCUCAACAACUGCUCAUUUAGUUAGUCCUGCAAGUAAGGGUCUUUUUUCAAAGGUCAUUAUAGAAAGUAAUCCCUUGGUAUUACCAAUGAGAAUGAUUGAUGAUGCCACUGAAAAUCUUGGAAAACCAUUUGCUAAACAAGUUGGUUGUGAGGUGAAUGAUUUUGAAUGUUUCCAAAAUUUGUCAAUUGAAAAAAUUCUUGAGGGACAAUAUUUCAUGGAUACUUAUAAGAAUUUAUCAAUUCCUUUGGAGACAUUCUUACCGUGGGCUCCAACUGUAUCAAAGGGUGGAUUGAUUCCUUAUCAAACUUUUGAAGCUAUUGAGAAGGGAUUGUAUCACAAGGUGCCAAUCAUGAUUGGAAACGUCAGAGAGGAAGCUCUCUUGUUCAUUUAUAUGGGAAUUCACAACAAGCUCAAUACUGUUGAAUAUUUAGCAUUAAUUAUGGACAUUUUCGGAGUUGAGGAUGGAGUUAGAAUUCUAGAUUGGUAUAGACCACUAUUGGAUGGUGAUAAGAGACCUAUUACAUCAGUUCUUGGUACAGAUUACAUUUUCUUGUGUCCAUUGAGAAAGAUUCUCUCUCAAAUUUCACAACAAAAUCCACAACUUCCAAUCUAUAACUAUAUCUUUGACCAUGUCUUGUCAUUUGAUGCUUGGGGACCAAGAUAUAACUAUUGUGUUGGUCAUGUUUGUCAUGGAGCUGAAUUACCAUUCGUAUUCCACUCAAUUGGAACAACAUUCAUGCCAGAUAUGCAUUUCAAUCCAGAGGAAGAACGUUUGUCAGCAUCCAUGGUUGAGUAUAUCACUAACUUUGUGAAAUUUGGUAAUCCAAAUCAAGGAAAGAAUACAACCAAUCUCAUUCAGUGGCCUAAAUUCUCUGCUGAUAAUCGUCAGACAUUGUUUUUCCAAACUCCUGCCAAUCAAAUUGUCACUGAUUUCCAUAAGAAGUAUUGUGAUGAAUUGGAUUUUAUUGGAUAUGAUCAUGGAUGGUUUAAUCAACAAAGGGAUAAAAAUACUAAAACAAAACUGAACUAG